CCAGCUUGACGUCCUGACCCCGGUUCAGCACCUCCUGUCAAACUUCACCGACACUGGGAUCUCUUCUCCGUUUGCUAAUACCCCUCAGCGAUGGAGCGGAAAGUUGCUCGAGAGUUUAGGCACAAGGUGGAGUUGCUGAUUGAGAAUGAAGCAGAGAAGGAUUACCUCUACGAUGUCCUCCGAAUGUAUCACCAGUCGAUGGAUUUGCAGGUGCUGGUUGGGGACCUGAAGCUGGUCAUUAAUGAACCAAAGCGCCUGCCGCUGUUUGAUGCCAUCCGACCUCUUAUUCCACUCAAACACCAGGUGGAGUACGACCUGCUCACCCCCAAGAGGUCACGGAAGCUCAAGGAGGUGCGUUUGGAUCGAACACAUCGUGAUGGGCUGGGUCUGAGUGUCCGAGGGGGGCUGGAGUUUGGCUGUGGUCUCUACAUUUCACAGAUGGUCAAAGACGGUCAGGCCGCGAACGUCGGCCUUCAGGUCGGUGAUGAGAUUGUGCGCAUCAACGGAUACUCCAUCUCCUCUUGCAUCCACGAGGAGGUCAUCAGUCUCAUCAAGACUAAGAAGAUUGUGUCCCUCAAAGUCAAACACGUGGGGAUGAUCCCAGUGAAAAGCUCAUCAGAUGAACCCCUCAAGUGGCAGUUUGUGGACCAGUUUGUGUCUGAGUCAGGGGAGAAAAAAAGCAGUGUUGCAGGCUUGGCGUCCAUUGGAGGAAAAGAAAUCAAAGAGAAGAAGGUUUUUCUCAGCCUUGCGGGCACCAAGGGUAUGGGCAUCAGCAUCUCCAGUGGUCCGACGCAGAAACCUGGGAUCUACAUCAGUAACGUGAAGCCAGGCUCCCUCUCUGCAGAAGUUGGACUGGAGGUCGGGGAUCAGAUAGUGGAGGUGAACGGGGUGGAUUUUACCAAUACAGACCACAAAGAGGCUGUGAAAGUCCUGAAGAGCAGCAGGAGUCUGACCAUUACUGUCCUGACAGGCGCUGGCAGCGAUCUGUUUAUGACAGAUGAGGAGCGUCUAGCAGUGGAGGCCCGCAGGGAGCUGGACCGACAAGAGCUGAUGCAUCAGAAGAGGGUGGCUUUAGAGACCAACAAAAUCCUGAAAGAGCAGCAGGAGAAGGAGCGGCAGAGACAGAUGGAGAUCUCUCAGAAAACUGAGGAGGAAGAGAAGCGCUACAAGAAGGAGAUGGAGAAAAUCGAGGCUGUGGAGAGGAAGCAGGACAGAGAAUGGGAGGAGGACUGGGGAGCCAAAGACAGGCCUAAGAGCCCUAAGAGCCCCCACGGUCGGAAGAGCCCCUCACCUCCCCCCCAUGAUAAGAAAACCUCGACAAGUCCAAAGUCAAAGAGUUCACCAUUUGGAUGGUUUUAUCGAUAUGAGGGGAAACUGCUGUCAAGCAAGAAAGGAGAGAAGAAGAAGAAAAAGAAGAAAGUGUCCAACACAGACACACUGCAGGAGCUUCGGAAAAACAAGAAGGAGAUGGAGUUUGAGUUGAAACUUGCCAAGGAGAAGGAGGAGAUGUAUGAACGAGAGAAGCAGCUGAAGAUCAAUCGGCUGGUCCAGGAGGUUUCCGAGACUGAGAGAGAAGACCUGGAGGAGUCGGAGAAGGUGCAGCACUGGGUGGAGCGUCUUUGUCAGACUAGGAUGGAGCAGAUUUCAUGUGUGGAGAACGAAUCCCCAGAGCCUCCAGAAAUGUUGAAACGGAUGGUGCCGUUCAACUCCUCUUUUAAAUCAAACACCAAACGACAAGGAUUUCAGAAAUACGAGGAAGAGUUUGAUCCCCACUCCAUGUUCUCCGCCGACCAGAUAGACGGGCGAGAUGUGAGACUGCUGAGAAUUAAAAAGACGGGACAGCUCGAUGUUGCUCUGGAGGGAGGAGCAGACUCUCCUUUGGGGAAGCUGGUGGUGUCUUCUGUGUAUGAGGGUGGAGCUGCAGAUCAGCACGGUGGCAUGGUAGCCGGGGAUGAACUCAUGGCUGUGAAUGGGAAAAUCCUGAUCGAUGCUUCAUUGACUGAGGGACAAAACUUUCUGGCUCGAGCCUGGAAUAGUGGAGGGGACUGGAUCGAUGUCGUCAUUGCUGUUUCCCCUCCGAAAGCAUAUGAAGAUGAAGUAACAUUCUUCUAGACUCAUCAACAGCCUGCCAAGAAAACCAGUCUGAUAAAGAAGAUUUUUUAUUGAUCCACAUUUAUGUUCAUCACUUGUCAUCACCGCCUGUUAACAAUGAGCUGAAGAUUUUAUUUUGUCUGUUUCUUUUGAUGUUUUUCCUUAAAUUAAACCUUGAUGUUCACUCCACGCAGACAACACGCUCUCUUACUGUCUUGUGUUGUUAAAAAUGAUUCAGUCUUCUGUCCUGUAGUCUUCCUCAUCAACAUGGUUAUUCUCUUUUAUGUACACGCAGCCUGACCCUUUCCUCCUUCAGACAUGUGUAGACAUGCUCAAAUUAAAACAGGAAAACUGUAAGCAACAUCCACUCUUUAAUGUGGCUUUCAGUCCAAUAAACCUCUGCUUUCACUCA